AUGGCUCACCCUCUUGACGGCAGGCUGCAGAGUGAUGUCCAAGUUAGUUUGGACAAGUUGGAGGUUGUAGGUUCCUUCUGCUACCUCGGAGACAUGCUUUCCACAGCUGGUGGCUGUGACCUUGCAACCACUAUGCAUGUGAAGACUGCUUGGAAGAAGUUCAAGGAGCUGCUACCUGUCCUGACAUCAUGCCACCUGUUGCACAAGACCCGUGGUCCAGUGUAUAACACUUAUGUAUGGAGCGCUACGUUCCAUGCCAGUGAGACCUGGGCACUGACCAAGCCAAAUCUUCAUCACCUACUACGCAAUGACAGGGCCAUGGUAAGACAGAUCUGCAACAUCAAGCCUAAAGAUAUGGCCACUGUAGGUUCAAUUGAAUUGCUGGGGCAGCUUGGUAUCGAUGACCUCGACCUCAUCUUAAGGAAAAGGAGACUCCACUAG